AUGUGCUCCGGGCUCCCGGCUCUCCUGCUGCCCAUCUGGCUCUCCUGGACCCUGGGGACGCGAGGCUCAGAGCCCCGCAGCGUGAACGAUCCUGGGAACAUGUCCUUUGUGAAGGAGACGGUGGACAAGCUGUUGAAAGGCUACGACAUUCGCCUAAGACCCGACUUCGGGGGUCCCCCGGUCUGCGUGGGGAUGAACAUCGACAUCGCCAGCAUAGACAUGGUUUCCGAAGUCAACAUGGAUUACACCUUGACCAUGUAUUUUCAACAAUACUGGAGAGAUAAAAGGCUCGCCUAUUCUGGGAUCCCUCUCAACCUCACGCUGGACAAUCGAGUGGCUGACCAGCUCUGGGUGCCUGACACAUAUUUCUUAAAUGACAAAAAGUCAUUUGUGCAUGGAGUGACAGUGAAGAACCGCAUGAUCCGCCUCCACCCCGACGGGACGGUGCUCUACGGGCUCAGAAUCACCACGACCGCAGCAUGCAUGAUGGACCUGAGAAGAUACCCUUUGGAUGAGCAGAACUGCACUCUGGAGAUUGAAAGCUAUGGCUACACCACAGAUGACAUUGAAUUUUACUGGCGCGGUGGUGAUAAGGCUGUUACUGGAGUGGAGAGAAUUGAGCUCCCACAGUUCUCCAUCGUGGAGCAUCGUCUGGUCUCCAGGAAUGUUGUCUUUGCCACAGGUGCCUACCCUCGGCUCUCACUGAGCUUUCGGUUGAAGAGAAACAUUGGAUACUUCAUUCUCCAGACCUACAUGCCCUCUAUCCUAAUUACAAUUCUCUCAUGGGUGUCCUUCUGGAUCAAUUAUGAUGCAUCUGCGGCUAGAGUUGCCCUUGGGAUCACCACCGUGCUGACCAUGACGACCAUCAACACACAUCUUCGGGAGACGUUGCCCAAAAUCCCCUAUGUCAAAGCCAUUGACAUGUACCUCAUGGGCUGCUUUGUCUUUGUGUUUCUGGCCCUUCUGGAGUAUGCCUUUGUCAACUACAUUUUCUUUGGAAGAGGCCCUCAAAGGCAGAAGAAGCUUGCGGAAAAGACCGCCAAGGCAAAGAAUGACCGUUCAAAGGGUGACAGCAACCGGGUGGAUGCUCAUGGAAAUAUUCUGUUAACAUCGCUAGAGGUUCACAAUGAAAUGAAUGAGGUCACAGGUGGCAUUGGUGAUACCAGGAAUUCAGCAAUAUCCUUUGACAACUCAGGAAUCCAGUACAGGAAACAGAGCAUGCCUCGGGAAGGGCAUGGGCGACACAUGGGGGACAGAAGCAUCCCGCACAAGAAGACCCAUCUACGGAGGAGGUCUUCACAGCUCAAAAUUAAAAUCCCUGAUCUAACCGAUGUGAAUGCCAUAGACAGAUGGUCCCGGAUCGUGUUUCCAUUCACUUUUUCUCUUUUCAACUUAGUUUACUGGCUGUACUAUGUUAACUGA